GUACCCAUACUUUGCUUGUUUCUUGUUCUCAGUAGGGUUGCAGCAGAUAAACGCCACCAACACUCAAUUCUCUCCCUUUCUCUCUCCUCGCGCAGCCCUUAAAAACUCCACCUCCACACUUUGUGACUUUGUUACUUCGUCUCCUCUCUCUCUCUCUACACAUAUAUACAUAUAUCUAUAUAUCAAUCUAUAUCUAAAUAUAUAAAUAUAUAUAUACAGACAUCUGUAGAGUUUCUGUCUGCAACAAUGGGUGCGUCUCUUCCUCCUAAGGAGGCCAACCUCUUCAAGCUCAUCGUUAAAUCAUAUGAAACGAAACAGUAUAAGAAGGGGUUGAAGGCAGCAGAUGCUAUAUUGAAGAAGUUUCCAGAUCAUGGAGAAACUUUGUCAAUGAAGGGGUUAACAUUGAAUUGCAUGGACCGCAAAUCAGAAGCAUAUGAGCUUGUGCGGCUUGGACUGAAGAAUGACCUCAAAAGUCAUGUUUGCUGGCAUGUUUACGGUCUCUUAUACCGGUCAGACAGAGAAUACAGGGAGGCAAUUAAAUGCUACCGAAAUGCGCUGAGGAUUGAUCCAGACAACAUUGAAAUACUUCGGGACCUGUCACUCUUACAAGCUCAAAUGCGUGACUUGGCUGGUUUUGUCGAAACAAGACAACGAUUGCUGACUCUGAAACCGAAUCAUCGCAUGAAUUGGAUUGGCUUUGCUGUUUCGCAUCAUUUGAACUCAAAUGGGUCAAAAGCUGUUGAUAUCCUUGAAGCGUAUGAAGGAACUCUUGAGGAUGACUAUCCUCCGGAUAAUGAACGCUGUGAGCAUGGGGAAAUGCUUUUGUACAAGAUCUCUUUAUUAGAGGAAUGUGGCUUUCUUGAGAGAGCUCUUGAGGAAAUGCACAAGAAAGAGUAUCAAAUUGUUGAUAAGCUAGCCUUUAAGGAGCAGGAGGUCUCUCUUCUUGUGAAGCUCGGUCACCAGGAAGAAGGUGAAAAGUUGUACAGGAUGCUACUUUCGAUGAAUCCUGACAAUUACAGAUACUAUGAGGGGCUGCAAAAGUGUGUGGGAUUACUUCCGGAAAGUGGUCAAUAUUCCUCUGCCGAACUUGAUCGCUUAGAAGCCUUGUACAAAUCGCUUGGGCAGCAAUACCGUUGGUCAUCUGCUGUUAAGAGAAUACCGCUUGAUUUUCUUAAUGGUGAAAAGUUUCGAGAAGCAGCUGAUAAUUAUAUCAGGCCUCUUCUAAAAAAGGGAGUUCCUUCAUUGUUUUCCGAUCUUUCUCCCCUCUAUGAUCAAGCUGGCAAGGCAGACAUUCUAGAGAAAUUGAUUCUUGAGUUGGAGCAGUCAAUUAGGACAACUGGUGGUUAUCCUGGAAGGGCAGAGAAAGAGCCCCCUUCAACACUUAUGUGGACUUUAUUUUAUUUGGCUCAGCAUUAUGACAGACGGGGCCAAUAUGAUAUUGCUCUUGCCAAAAUUGACGAGGCAAUAGAACAUACUCCGACUGUGAUUGAUUUAUACUCGGUCAAGGCCCGAAUACUGAAGCAUGCUGGUGACUUGGCGGCUGCUGCUGCAUUGGCAGAUGAAGCUAGGUGUAUGGAUCUUGCAGAUCGCUACGUAAAUAGUGAAUGUGUGAAACGUAUGCUGCAGGCUGAUCAGGUUGCCUUGGCGGAAAAGACAGCUGUCUUGUUCACGAAAGAUGGAGAUCAGCACAAUAACCUUCAUGAUAUGCAGUGCAUGUGGUAUGAACUUGCUUCUGGAGAAAGUUACUUCCGCCAGAGCGAGCUUGGACGCGCUUUGAAGAAGUUCUUAGCUGUGGAGAAGCAUUAUGCAGACAUCACUGAGGACCAGUUUGACUUCCAUUCUUAUUGCUUAAGGAAAAUGACUUUGCGAGCCUACGUAGACAUGCUGAAAUUUCAAGAUCGGCUGCAUUCACAUGCUUAUUUCCGCAAAGCAGCGUCUGGAGCUAUCAGGUGCUAUGUGAAGCUGUAUGAUUCUCCUUCAAAGUCAGCAGCUGAAGAAGAUGAUGAAAUGUCAAAAAUGCUUCCUUCUCAAAAAAAGAAACUGAGGCAAAAACAGAGAAAAGCAGAAGCCCGAGCUAAGAAAGAGGCAGAAGUGAAAAAUGAGGAAUCAAACGUUAGUGGUGUCUCUAAGUCUGGAAAGCGACAUGUCAAACCAGUAGACCCGGAUCCACUUGGGGAGAAGCUGGUGCAGGUUGAAGAUCCUUUGCUGGAAGCUACAAAGUACUUGAAGUUGCUUCAAAAGCACUCACUUGAUUCCCCAGACACACACUUGCUUUCUUUUGAAGUAUAUAUGAGAAAGCAAAAAAUCUUGCUUGCCCUUCAGGCUCUAAAGCAGCUAGUACGGUUGGAUGCCGAAAACCCAGAUUCACACCGCUGCUUGAUAAAAUUCUUCCACAAAGUGGAUUCAAUGCCUGCUCCAGUGACCGACACUGAAAAACUUAUUUGGGGUGUCUUAGAGGCAGAGAGGCCUUCAUUCAGUCAGUUGCGUGAAAAAUCACUUAUUGAGGCAAAUACCUUCUUCCUUGAGAAACAUAAAGAUUCCUUGAUGCAUAGAGCAGCGGCGGCAGAAAUGCUAUAUGUUCUAGUACCAGACAAGAAGGCCGAGGCUAUAAAAAUAAUUGAAGAUUCAUCCAACAACCUGGUGUCAACGAAUGAAGCACUUGGACCAGUCGGGGAAUGGAAACUCAAAGACUGUAUUCAAGUUCACAAACUCCUAGGGAUUGUUUUUAAUGACCAUGAUGCUGCAUCAAGAUGGAAAGUGCGAUGUGGUGAGUGCUUUCCAUACUCAACGUACUUUGAAGGCAGCCACAGCUCUGCCAUCCCCAACUCGGCCUACAACCAGAUACGCAAGAACCCUGAAAAUGGUGGUCAUAACCAUCCAGAUUCUGAUCAAAUUUCUGAAGCUAUUCCUUCAAAUGGAAAACUAGAGGCCUUUAAGGACCUCGUCAUUUAAUUACAACAGAGAUGAAAGGCACACUUCAAGAAGUAUCUGCAAGAGGCUUACUGUUCUGCAUGAUAAGAAUCAUAACACCAUGCUGCGGCUUAGAAAUAUACCCAGAUGAGAUGAGAUGAGAUGAAAGCACAGCACAUCAGAAAGAUCAUUUUAGCAGGGUUCAGGUUAUGGCGACUUCCUGUUUACUAUAGCUUUGAGAUUGGAAUUUUUUUUUGCCCUAGUUCGACCUCCACCUGAUUUUAGAAUGCAUUCCUUUGCAAGUGUGUAUAAUUUACUUGCAUUGUAUUUCUAAAGUGGUUGAUUUUUAUGUUUGCUCUAUUUUGGUGGCACUGUGACGAGAGGUUUUAGGGGUUUGUCUUUGCACUAGCAACAUUUAAACCGCUUUUAGGUUGGAGGGAGUUCUAGGAAAGUUUUUAAGAGUACUGGUCCUAUGCUGGGUCAGCGAAGCACUAUACCCAAUAGAGUUGAUUACCAGAGCAUGUUGUACUUCCCCCCAUUUCGUUGACCAUUAUUUAUAAUGUAUAAAUGCUAUGUUAUGUGAGAAAUUUUGGCAUGGAAUUAUUCAAUAACCAAUUGAUAUUUUGCUUCUGUAUCA